UCCAUUUUCACAACACAUUUCAACUCAUUUCAUCUUCAACCUUCUAACAAUUUCUCCAAAACCGUCACAAAAAAAUGGCCUUCACUCAUCGUCUGCUUCACCUCCUCUUCAUAUUCUCCAUCUUCCACCUCUCACUCGGAGCGAGACGACUCACUGAGUUAGUCCAAGACUCCUCCAACCUCCUCCACUACCACAACGGCCCCCUCCUCUCCGGAAAAAUCUCCGUCAACUUCAUCUGGUACGGAGCAUUUAAACCGUCACAAAAAGCGAUCGUCUCCGACUUCAUCUCUUCUCUCUCCACCAAAUCUCCUGUCGAACCAUCCGUCGCCACCUGGUGGAAAACCACCGAGAAAUACCACACCAAAUCAACCCCUUCCCUCUCCCUUCGACUCGGAAAACAUAUAUCCGACGACUCCUACUCUCUCGGGAAGUCGCUUACUGACGAACAUCUCGUCCAGCUGGCUUCCCAAGGGGAGUCGUAUGACGCCGUUAACGUUGUGUUAACCGCAUCUGACGUGGCAGUUGAUGGUUUCUGCUCUAGCAGAUGCGGGUCCCAUGGAUCUGCGUCUGGUUCCAAGACGAAACAUGUUAAAGGAAAGAAUUACAAGUUUGCUUACAUCUGGGUUGGCAACUCAGAGACCCAGUGCCCGGGUCAAUGCGCGUGGCCGUUUCACCAGCCAAUAUACGGGCCGCAGGCUGCACCACUCGUCGCACCCAACAACGAUGUGGGUAUGGACGGGUUGGUGAUUAACCUGGGUGCUUUGUUGGCUGGUACGGCCACUAACCCGUUUGGAAACGGGUAUUAUCAGGGGGAUGCGGAUGCACCGUUGGAGGCUGCGUCCGCGUGUCCCGGGGUGUAUGCGAAAGGGGCGUAUCCGGGAUACGCUGGGGACUUGUUGGUGGACUCGACUACGGGUGCAAGUUAUAAUGCGCAUGGUACAAAUGGAAGAAAGUAUCUCCUUCCUGCUUUAUAUGAUCCGUCUACUUCAAAGUGCUCCACAUUGGUUUAGAGUUGAACCGAAAGUUGUAGUAUAGAUAAGAGGAAAAAGAAUUAAGAUUUUGUAAUAGCUGAUUCAUUUAUUAUAUUUUUAUAUAUAUUCUUUUUGAAGUUUAUUAUCAAGAUUUUUAAUAACACUACAUCUUUGUCUCA